AUGGUCCCGCUACGACAUAUACUCUCGGUUCUCUUCUAUGCGUUCGCUUGCAGCGCUUUUACGUUGAGCCGACGUGCUCCAACACCCGGGCAGCUGUCCCAAGUCACCGAUUUUGGAGAGAAUCCUACCAACGUCGGUUUCUAUGUAUACGUCCCGGAGAAUCUGGCUACCAGCCCUGCCAUUGUUGUAGCGAUCCACUACUGCACAGGAACCGCUCAAGCGUACUUCAGCGGCACCCCUUACGCCCAGUAUGCAGAAACCCACGGAUUCAUCGUCAUUUACCCGGAAAGCCCGUAUGAGGGCACCUGCUGGGACGUUAGCUCCCAGUCAUCUUUAACCCACGACGGGGGCGGCAACAGCAACUCCAUCGCCAACAUGGUGACCUGGACGAUUGACCAGUACAACGCGGACUCCAGCCGCGUCUUCGUGACAGGAACCAGCUCCGGUGCAAUGAUGACUAAUGUCAUGGCAGCCACAUACCCCGAGCUCUUCUCCGCCGGUAUCGCUUACGCAGGUGUAGCAGCUGGAUGUUUCUAUGCCGAAGCCGACGAACAAGCCUGGUGGAACAGCACCUGCUCGACGGGAGAGUCCGUCAGCACGCCUGAGCACUGGGCCGAGAUCGCAAAGGCUAUGUACCCCGACUACGACGGUGACAGGCCGAAGUUGCAGAUCUACCAUGGGAGCCAGGAUACCACGCUAGACACCCAGAACUACUACGAGACUUGCAAGCAGUGGGCAGGCGUCUUUGGGUACACCUAUGACUCGCCGCAGGAGACGCAGAAUGAUACGCCCGUGGAGAACUGGGAUAAGACGAUCUGGGGCCCGAAUCUACAGGGGAUUUUGGCGAAUGGAGUCGAUCAUAACAUCCAGAUUCAGGGGGAAGAGGAUCUGAAGUGGUUUGGGUUUACUAGCUAA